AUGAACGAGGAACUUUUUGGUACCAACAUUUUUGGCGUAUUUUUUAUUAUUCCUGUGAUAUUGGUAUCAUCGAAAAUGUUCACCGCACAGCCGAACGCCUCUGUGCUAAUCUACAGCCCAGACGACAACCAGACAGAAAGUGACUACACUCCAUAUGAAGAACGGCUGGAGACGUACCUGGUACCCAUCCUGUUUGCCAUCAUCUUCAUAGUAGGUGUUCUUGGCAAUGGGACCCUGGUUAUUGUGUAUGUCAGACACAGGGGGAUGAGAAAUGCCCCAAACACGUACAUAUUCUCGCUGGCAUUAGCAGAUCUCCUGGUGAUCCUCAUAUGCGUGCCGUUCGUAUCAAUUAUUUACACCCUGGAGUCCUGGCCGUGGGGCGAAGUGAUCUGCAGGAUAUCCGAAGCUGGAAAAGAUGUCAGCAUUGGCGUGUCAGUCUUCACACUCACAGCUUUAUCAGCUGAGCGCUACUGCGCUAUAGUAAAUCCUUUUAGAAGGUUACAGCUCCGGAAACUUCCUUUGGUUUGCGCGACAUUCAUAUGGGCAGCGGCACUUAUCUUUGCGGCGCCAGCGGCCCUGUUCUCAAACACAGUCACACUCCGGUUAAGGCCUAAUGUUACCAUAGUAUACUGCACGCCUUUCCCGCCUGGAUGGGACAGCUACCCAAAAUGGAUGACAUUAGCAAAGGCGUUAAUAUACUACGGGCUACCAUUGUUGGUGAUUGCUUUUUUUUACUCACUAAUGGCACAGCGCUUACUGGCCAGUACCAGGGAAAUGCCAGGCGCUUUACACGGAGGCCAAGGAGAAGCACAGGCGCAGGCUAGGAAAUCUGUUGCCUGUAUGGUGUUGGUGUUUGUUAUUGUAUUCUUCAUCUGCUUCUUACCGUACCACGCGCUGGAGAUGUGGUUCCAUCUCUCACCGACGGCGCAAACAGAUUACAACGAUUGGAUACACGCUUUAAGGAUAAUGGGUUUCUGUCUUAGCUUCCUCAACUCCUGCGUGAAUCCAGUGGCACUGUACUGCGUCAGUGGAGUCUUCAGGUCUCACUUCAACCGCUACCUCUGCUGCCGACGGGGGACCCUUCAUCCGACCUGCAGCUCCCGGUUGUCCAGGACUGCUGUCUGCGAAACCUCAUUCAGGAGCACUCAUCGACACCGCUGCAAUAGGAACCCGACAGAGAGCGUUGUGAUAUCAAACUACGAUUAUGGAAGCUCUAAGAAGAAGAGCAACAUCAUAUCCAGAAACAGUGCUGAUGGUGUAACCAUAAUGACCAUCAGGGACACCAAUGACUUCCUUACUGGAGACCUCGAUGAGAAAUGCAUCACCAGAUAGGGAAUAUGGGACCUUCGGCGAUAUAAAAGACAUUGAAUGUUAUAAUUUUUAUUUUUUGAUGUUUACAUAUUAUAACUAUGUGAUUAAUGUUAGCGCUUCAUUUGUUGUUUAAUCUGUGUCUGUGUUUUGGGGAGCAAUGAUAAAGAUGGCGGAUUUUCGUGUACACAACUCUUGAUAAA